AUGAAAUCCGGUUUGCAUUCGUUGAAUGGGCUCAGGGUUCCUUGGAUACUUCAAAACCUGAACGAAGAAGAUGCCAGCGUUGUUGACGUGGGCUGUGGAGGAGGUCUUCUUUCAAUACCAUUAGCACGCGCCGGAUUGCGGGUGACCGGAAUCGAUGCUACAGAAGGCGCUGUGAAUGCUGCUCGUGAUGCGCUCAAAUCCCGCCCUUUGCAAAUUGCUGGUGUAUCUGAUAGAAUCACGUAUCAUUGUGCGACAGUCGAGAGCUUUUCUGAAGAGCAUGAGGAUGAGUUUGACGCCGUGGUUGCAUCGGAAAUCGUCGAACAUGUAGCGGAUCUCGAUGCUUUUGUUGGAGGAUGUGCUCGUCUGGCGAAACCCGGUGCACCGCUGUUUUUCACGACAAUUAACAGGACACUCGCCAGUCGGGUCCUCGCAAUUUGGGUAGCCGAGAAUGUGGUCAAAGUCGUCCCUCGCGGAGUUCACCAGUACGAAAAAUUCGUUGAACCUCGAGAAUUGACAGAGCUUCUUGAGCGACAUGGAUGCAAUGUCAGGGUUAUAAAUGGUUUUAUGUACAACCCUUUCACGAAUCACUGGUCGUGGUGUCGAUCUACCGCUGUGAAUUACGGAUGUUUAGCCAUUAAGAAUUAG